UACAUGUUUUGUGGAUAAUUUUCGUAAAUUAAUAAAUUAAUUUCUAUCAAAAAGGAUAAAAUACUAAUAUAAAAAUGAUACGCAGACAAGCCCGGUUACGGCGGGAAUACUUAUACAGAAAAUCAGUGGAGGACAAACAAAAAAGUAUACAAGCAAAAAAAGAUCAACUUAAACGAAGCUUAGAAGAGAAUAUUCCUAUUCAUGGCGAUUUAAGAAAGGAAGCGAUUGCAUUACAAAAAAGAAUAGAAUAUGAAGACAAAGGACCUGAGCGAGCUGCAGUUAUCGGUGGUUUCAGUGGGGGAGCCAACACACUCAGUUCACAGGAUGAUGAGUACAGAUACGCCGGUGUUGAAGAUCCCAAGAUCAUGAUCACCACCUCACGAGAGCCGAGCGCUCGACUCAAGAUGUUUGUGAAGGAGCUGAGACUUAUAUUCCCAAACAGUCAGCGUAUGAACCGUGGUGGGUACGAGAUGUCGCAGUUAAUCCACGCAUGUCGGGCCAAUGACGUCACCGACUUCAUUGUAGUGCAUGAGCACAGAGGUGUGCCAGAUAGUUUGGUUAUAUGCCAUUUGCCGUAUGGGCCAACAGCAUCAUUCACUCUCUCUGGAGUCGUGAUGAGGCAUGAUAUUCCAGAUAUUGGACCAAUGAGUGAACAGUACCCACAUCUUAUAUUCCAUAACUUCAAAACUGAACUAGGAUUAAGGACAAUGAGUAUAUUGAAGUAUUUGUUCCCUGUGCCGAAACCUGACUCCAAGAGGGUUAUAACAUUUGCCAACAAUGAUGACUACAUCUGUUUCAGACAACAUACAUACAGAAAGGCCGGCAAAGACGUGGAGCUGACGGAAGUCGGUCCUAGGUUCCAAAUGAAACUGUACGAAAUUAAACUGGGCACGUUAGAAGCAUUAGACGCGGCCGACACCGAAUGGGCACUCCGCCCCUAUAUGAACACGGCUGCUAAGCGAAGAUUCCUCAGUCUUGAGGAUGGGUGGCAGGAAGAUGCGGAUUAAAAUAUUUUUUUAA